GUGUUGUUGGCAGAGGAGGCGGGUGUAACGGCAGCAGUAUAGGAGCGGCUCGGAGGUUGAUGACAGCGCGGUAUCUUUUUCAUGAUUAAAACACUAAAACCAGGAGGGAAAAUCACACGGAACUAUAGACACAUAUCCCGCAAACCAAACCCGUCAUGGAGUCCUAUGACAUCUUAGCUAACCAGCCCGUUGUGAUCGAUAAUGGUUCAGGGGUCAUCAAAGCUGGGUUUGCAGGAGACCAGAUCCCCAAAUACUGCUUCCCCAACUAUGUGGGGCGUCCAAAGCAUGUGCGUGUAAUGGCUGGAGCGCUGGAGGGAGACAUGUUCAUCGGACCCAAAGCAGAGGAGCACCGGGGCCUGCUGUCGGUCCGAUACCCGAUGGAGCACGGCAUCGUGAAGGACUGGAACGACAUGGAGAGGAUCUGGCAGUACGUUUACUCCAAGGAGCAGCUGCAGACCUUCUCUGAGGAGCAUCCUGUCCUGCUGACGGAGGCUCCUCUGAACCCCAGUAAGAACCGGGAAAAGGCUGCCGAGGUGUUCUUCGAGACCUUCAAUGUCCCUGCGCUCUUCAUCUCCAUGCAGGCCGUCCUCAGCCUUUAUGCCACGGGCCGCACCACCGGCGUGGUCCUGGACUCUGGGGACGGGGUAACCCACGUGGUUCCGAUCUACGAAGGCUUCGCCAUCCCGCACUCCAUCAUGAGGGUGGACAUCGCCGGGCGAGACGUGUCGCGGUACCUCCGCCUGCUGCUGCGCAAGGAGGGCUACAACUUCAACACAUCGGCCGAGUUCGAGGUGGUCCGCACCGUCAAGGAGAGAGCGUGUUAUCUGUCCCUGAACCCGCAGAAGGACGAGACCUUAGAAACAGAGAAGGCUCAGUACGUCCUGCCCGAUGGAAGCACCCUGAACAUCGGGCCGGCCCGUUUCAGAGCCCCGGAGCUGCUCUUCAGACCCGACCUGAUCGGGGACGAGUCCUCGGGGAUCCACGAGGUUCUGGCGUACGCCAUCCAGAAGUCUGACAUGGACCUGCGGCGCACGCUGUUCUCCACCAUCGUGCUCUGCGGGGGCUCCACCCUAAUCAAAGGUUUUGGGGAACGACUACUAACUGAAGUGAAGAAGCUGGCACCCAAAGACGUGAAGAUCAAGAUUUCCGCUCCUCAGGAGAGGCUGUACUCCACAUGGAUCGGCGGCUCCAUCCUGGCGUCGUUGGACACCUUUAAGAAGAUGUGGGUGUCAAAGCGGGAAUACGAAGAAGACAGAGCGCGGGCCAUCCACAGGAAGACCUUCUAGAGGGUCCCCAAAGACCCCCAGAACUGCCCUCAAAUGCCCCUGCCCCCCCCCCCCCCCCGACAUACUGCAGGAGACCCCGACACCGCCGCUUAUACACCCCCAGAGAAACAUGCAGGAACAUGUGUGUUUCCUUAUUUACCUGCUUCUUCAUUCCCCCUGCACACACACACACACACACACACACACACACACACACACACACUCUGAAGUAUUGGUAUUGCUCUCUUGCCUCCUCUGCAGGCUGUUCAAUAUCAUCAAAUGUUAAAUAAAUCUGAAUGUUCUUUUUUUGCUACCGCUGACAUUUCCAUUCCAGAAGAUUUUUAUUAGUAGUUUUUUUGUUUGUUUUUUUCCUGACAUGGAUCAGCUGUACUGGCUCAGUACUUUAUAUAUAUAUAUUACUUUAUAAACACUGUAUUAUAUAUCUGGCCUUUAAAGUGCACGCCCUCCUCCUCUCUAAAGUAAAAGCGGUUCAUUUUAAUUUAUCUUUCUGUCUGGUUAUUAACGAUGAGAUGUUUCUACAUGGUGUUCGUGCCGACGAGGAGUCAGCCUUUUGUCUUAGCUGACGGGAUUCAAAACAAAAGUGUAAAAUUAAAGUGUAGAAAAAACA